CGAGCAGCUCCGACCGAGCAAGCAGCGCGACGAAGGGGGGCGUCGGGUGACAACAAACGCAGCUUCUAUGUCUAUUAAGGCCGAGGGGAAGGAGGCUGCCGCUGAUAAAGGGGUCAAGGCGCGGGGCUGUUGUUUCGAAUCGGUGCCUUUUGCUGGAAUAUCGGAGGAGGAGGUGGAGGAGGAGGAGGAAUGAAGUGUGCGGUGUUGAUCUCCAGGGAGUGAGGGGGGCGAGCGCAGCGCGUCUUGGAGUUUUGGUAUCCAGCAUGGCACCGGAGAGCGCGUCACUCCUGAGAGCGGGGCUUGUGUUGCUGAUGGCAGCUCAAGUUCUUCCAUGCGUGUCCGGAUGCGGCAGAGGUUUAUACGAGAAGCUGAUCAGCGAACUCUGCUUGGAUAAGUUCAAAUUGGACAUGAGGGGACUGGAUCGAGGAUUGUGGUGCAGCUGGCUGGACACGAUGGAGAUCUACGAGGGCCUGACAAACUGCACCUUCCAGGUGGCCUUGAGGAUGGACUGCUUCUGGCCCAAUCAGAUAGUCGACCACUUCUUCAUGCAGAUCCACCAGGUCUACUUCCACGACUGCGCUCUGACCGGGCGACUCAUUCACGACCCGCCCAUCGGCAUCGUCGCACCUUUCAUAGCCGUGCCAGUGCUGAUCACGUUGGUCAUGACCGCCUUAGUGGUGUGGAGGAGUAAACGCACAGAGGGGGUGCUAUAGGCUAUAGGUGACUUGUGACAUAACAUGUGGACUCGGAACAAGCACAUACCCAGAGAGUGUGCCAGAAAAUAUUUUUGUGUAUUAUGUGAAGCUGUAUAAUCUUGUACUUAUUGUCAUAAACUAUACAAAAUAAUACGUAGUAUUUUGUAUAAAAACUUCAGUUUUUAGUGGACUCCAUUAUAAGAGUGUCAAUGUAUUAAAGUUUUUUGAGAUUUAAGGGA